CUCUUUCCCUCUGUUGAGUGGUCUCUCUCUCUCUCAGCCAUGCCAAAAAGCUCAUAAAGAAGAGUGAGAAAGUGGAAUUAUUUCCUCCCCCGCUGUGUCCGCAAGCCACCAUCAUUGCCCUCUCCCUCUGCUCUCCUUUUUUUUGGGUCUCUCUCUCAUUCUCCUUCACCAUGUUUCCUGUUUCCGUGUAACUGCUCUGCCCUCUAGAGAGAGAAAGAGACCCAUUUAAAGUUCAAGAAAGAGACCCAUUUCCCCUCCUCUACCAGAGACACAGAGGGAGAGAGGAGAGGGAAAGAGACAUGGCAUUUGCAGGAACAACACAGAAAUGUCACGCCUGCGAGAAGACGGUCUAUUUGGUGGAUAAGCUCACCGCCGAUAACCGGUCCUUCCACAAGGCCUGCUUCAGAUGCCAUCAUUGCAAAGGCACUCUAAAGCUCAGCAACUAUUGUUCCUUUGAGGGGGUCCUUUAUUGUAGGCCUCACUAUGACCAACUUUUUAAGAGGACUGGCAGCCUGGACAAAAGUUUUGAAGGGACCCCUAAAAUCGCCAAACCAGAGAAGCCUAUUGACAGUGAGGGUCAGGGCGCCAGAGUUUCUGGUUUAUUCGCUGGGACAAGGGACAAAUGUGUAGGGUGCAAGAAAACUGUGUACCCAAUUGAGAAGGUUGCAGUGGACGGCAGCGCAUAUCACAAGAGUUGCUUCAAAUGUUGCCAUGGUGGAUGUGUGAUUAGCCCAUCCAAUUACAUUGCGCAUGAGGGGAGGCUCUAUUGCAAGCACCAUCAUUCCCAACUCUUCAAGGAGAAAGGGAAUUACAGCCAGCUAGACAAGAGUGGCAAUGAGAAGGGGGUGACUGAGGACACAAUUAAGGUAGCAUCAGAGUGAUCAAUGGAUUGAAAUGGUUGCUGAUUUUCAGCUGCAAUGUCAGUAUUCUUCUCUUCUAUUCCCUUAUAAUUCGAAUAUAAAUAUCAUAGCAUGGAGUAUUGGAGAUAUGAAGUGAGAGAAUAAACUAUGGCAUUAUAUGCCGACUUUUUGGCAUGGAUAUCAGGUUUGUAAUUUUGUACCGGUUCAUGAAAGGAAUGUGUUUUUAUUUGCAUAGAGAUGAUUAGGUCAUGUUUGAGGUUGGUUUGUUUCAUUCCCUGUUUAAGGGCAAGAAUGAGAGGAGAGAGAGACAGAGUUAUGAAGCUAUGAUUGUUUACUUGUGCA